AUGGGAAAGACAGUUAGUAAAUUGUCCAAGGAUGAUUUAAGAUCUUUAAGACAAGCAACUUAUUUCGAUAAACGUGAAUUACAACAAUGGUAUAAAGGGUUCAUGCGAGACUGUCCAUCAGGUCAAUUAUCUGAAGAAGAAUUCAUUAAAGUUUUCAAACAAUUCUUUCCAUUUGGAGAUCCUGUUGAUUAUUGUCAUUACUUAUUCAAGGUAUUUGAUAUCGAUCAAACCAAUUAUAUUGAUUUCAAAGAGUUCAUUAUAGCAUUAUCUAUCACAUCACGAGGUUCAUUAGACCAAAAAAUUAAUUGGAGUUUCAAAUUAUACGAUCAAAAGAAAACAGGCAAGAUUAAUUAUGAUGAUAUAUUAUUGAUAAUUACGUCGGUUUAUAAAUUGAUUGGCUCAAUGGUGGCAUUACCAUCGGAUGAGAGGACGCCUGAGUUAAGAACUGAGAAAUUUUUCAAGUUACUAGGCAAGACGAAUAAAGAUACUAUUGAUAUGAAUGAAUUCAAACAAUUGGUCAAAUUGGACCCAAGUAUAAUGAAUUCAUUGAAUUCCUUUGACGGGUUGGUGUAG